CAAAAUUAUAGAUAAGGUUACGUAGACUUGAUAAUUCUUUGUUACUGUGGAAUCUCUUAUAUAUAGUCUUAUAGUUGAAUGUUUGCUGGGUGGGAAUGAUUAUGGUAAUGGAAGGGAAAGAAGGUAGACUACCAACUAAUGCUCGUCACCAAUGGAAGAAAAUAUCAGCAGUAAGGAAGUUUCUAAGUAUUGCUUCAGCAAAUCAGAAGAAAACCCCUGCCGAACUUGUACUUAAUAACAAGUAUAAAAUAGGAAACAAAAUUGCUAAUGGAGCAUUUGGUCAACUCAGGUUGGUUAAAAAUACUCAGACUGGAGAAGAUCUAGCUAUCAAACUGGAGCCUAUGAACGCUAAGGAAAGAUACUCUUAA